GUGUUAUAACAACUGAAUUACCUACUGAUGAAGUUAUUGUUGAAGACCAUUCUCAUUUCAGAAGGAAGGAUCAAUCAAUAUCUGUAGAAGAAGGAAAGAAAGUACUUGAAAAUGCUAAAAAAUCCUUGGAACAAGAAUUUGCUACAGAAAAAGAUGUUAAGUAUGUUAAAGAGUUAAUAAAAUGUUUAAAUAAUAUUGAAUAUAAGGCAAAACUUCAGUCUUUGUUGACAGAAUUUUAA